ACAACGAAGGGGCUGUAGAGGGAACAGUCGAGUUGAGAUUGUCGAGAAUCCAGUCUGGCGCAGACCAUGUGGUGAGCAGCUUCGUCCCAGCAACAAAUUCGACCCACACUUCUGCCAAAAUCAACAAGUGCGGACUGACAGAGCAAACAAAAGAUGGACGUCAGCAAAGCGGAGCAAGGGACUGAAUUGGAGACUUUCCUACCCAAGGAUGGAGUUAAAAAUCACGUUUCCGGAAUCGGCGAGGGAGUUCAGGGAAAGUACAUUGCCGAAGCCAAUGGAGAUGGCGCCCUUCGAAAAGCACCUGCCGAAGCUCCAUUUGACCCUUUCAAAGAGAGAAAAAUCGACCAUCCAACAACGGACUGCGACACGUUGACCCACCUGCUGAAGGCCAGCUUGGGCUCGGGAAUCCUGGCGAUGCCGAUCGCGUUCAAGCACGCCGGCCUGACGAUGGGUGUGUUCGCAACCGUGUUCGUCGCCAUCAUCUGCACGCACUGCUCGUACAUCCUGGUCAAGUGCGCGCACGCCCUGUACGCCAGGACGAGGGUGACGGCGAUGAGUUUCGCCGACGUCGGCACCGUCUCCUUCAGACACGGCCCCGCAUGGAGCCGUCCGUACGCGCAGCUCUCACGGAUGACCAUCCUGGUCAGCCUUUUCCUCACCUACUUCGGCACCUGCAGCGUCUACACGGUCAUCAUCGCCAGCAACUUCCAGCAGGUGAUUGAGCACCACACCCAGGUGUUCAUGAACGAGCGAUACUACAUCGCAGCCCUGCUCAUUCCGCUGAUCCUGCUGAGCUGGGUGCCGAACCUCAAGUACUUGGCGCCCGUGUCCAUGCUGGCCAACGGUCUCAUGGGCUGCGGUCUGGGCAUCACGGUUUACUACCUCACCCAGGACUUGCCCGCGACCUCCGAGAGACCCCACUUCAACGGGUUCUACGGAAUGCCCCAAUUCUUCUCCAUCGUCAUCUUCGCCAUGGAAGCUAUCGGAGUGGUGAUGCCUCUGGAGAACAACAUGAAAAAUCCCCGUCACUUCCUUGGUCUGGCCGGUGUGCUGAACCAGGGCAUGGCCGGAGUCACCCUGAUCUACAUCCUGCUUGGAUUCCUCGGCUACCUGAAAUACGGCGACGACACCGAGGGCUCCAUCACUCUCAACCUACCAACAGACGAAAUAUUGGCGCAGUCGGUCAAGAUUUUGAUUGCCCUGGCUGUUUUCUGCACCUACGGACUGCAGUUCUUUGUGUGCCUUGAGAUCUGCUGGGACGGGGUCAAGGACCGCUACAAGGGCAGCAGAAUUGCCGAAUAUGUUUUGCGCACCGUGCUGGUCACUCUGACAGUUGCUUUGGCUGUGGCUGUGCCAACCAUUGGACCCUUCAUCGGCCUCAUUGGCGCUUUGUGUUUCUCAAUCCUUGGACUGAUCUGCCCUGCAGUUAUCGAAAUGGUCACUUUCUGGGAGGACGGUCUCGGACCUGGCAAGUGGCGGUUGUGGAAAAAUGUUGCUGUGAUGGUCUUCGGAGUGAUGGCCCUGAUCUUCGGCACCAUCACCAGCCUGGAGGACAUUGCCAGGGUGUACAGUGAAGACCACAAGGCCCACCCUGAGGAGGAGUACCUCAUGAUCAAUCAAACCAUCGCCAAUGUGACAAGCAGUGUGGUCGAAGCCAUCGCCACCACUUUGGCGCCCGUCGACGCCACCACAAUUGCGGGCUGAGCUUUUUUAAAUUUUGAUCCAUCUUGGCAAAUAUAGGCACAAUUCAUCAAGCAAAAACUCAUAAUGAGAGCAAGCAAUUUGUUGCUUCACCAAACUAUUUUUCAUAAAUAAGUCUUUUCUACAAAUCUGCCGGUCCUGAAGAAGAAGAUCAAAAUCCGGAUUCUUAUUUUUAUUUUUCCCAAAAGUUGCAAACAACUUUACAGCAGAAUUUUUUCUUUUUUUCAGCUACGAGAAUUAACACAAUAAAUCUUUCCUAUUAUUAAUUUUAGUUUAUAGAAAUUAAGAAUUAAGAGCUAUAUUUAUUAGGUCUGAUGUUGAUUAGCUAAGUUAUUGAGCUGAGUGUUAAAUUUCCUAUAGAAUCUUUUUUUAUUGAGACAUGCAUUUUUGCUCAGAGACAGUAUGAGUUGUUUUUGGUAGAUUUUCUGCGACUCUCUCUAUGUAGAACAUUUCAAAGUGGCUGGACUUCUGAAUUGGACUGUGCACUGAGCCAGAUUAUCUGAAAAAUGUUAUCUCUGUAUUGGCAGAUUUGGUUGCUGCUUCGAAUGCAUUUCUGCGUGUAUAAGUGAAGGAAAAAUCUGUAUCUUUGACUUUUCACCGUGCUAACUAUUUGGAAAAAAUGUCUGAAUGUGCAAUUUAUUUUUAAUGCGCCCCCAGCCUCGGUUCUUGAUGUCUAAUAUUGCUUUGUGUGGGGCCAAUUUUUUGUACAACCAAUCUUUGGAAGGAAAUAAAUAAAUCAUUGAAAGAGAGCUUUGAA